UUCGCGCUUCGUUUGUUGUUGAUUACGCAUUCGGGGCAUACGACUGUGGCCGAGAAAGGAGCACGUCGACCCUUGCUUACGAUGUGGGGCGGCAGCAGCGACGCAACCCCGAGUACAAGCAGUGGAGGUGUUCAGCAAGAAAAUGCGAGGGUGACAGCUGAAGCCGAAGGAGCCCAAGUAGAGCCGGAAGGAAACGAGGAGGGCGGCCCGUCCCACAAGUGCCAAGUGUGCGAACAGACUUUCGCCAGGAAGACAUCUCUCCUAUCGCACCAGCUCACGCACAGUUGCGAAAGGCCACAUGAGUGUAGUGAGUGCGGCAAGAAAUUCGCCAGAAAAAGUUAUCUUACGAGACAUCUGCAUACACACGCAGAGAGCAGGCCGGUGACAGCUGAAGCCGAAGGAGCCCAAGUAGAGCCGGAAGGAAACGAGGAGGGCGGCCCGUCCCACAAGUGCCAAGUGUGCGAGGAGACUUUCGCCAGGAAGACAUCUCUCCUAUCGCACCAGCUCACGCUGCCCGGUGGGCACGUCGUAAAAAUGAACGAAGGAUGGGAUGCCAGCUGGGGCUUUGAAGGUGGAAACCAGAAAAGGCCCGAUGCUACGCAAGCUCCCGGAGUGCGAUCCGGUUACAGCGGAAACUUAGACGUUUUCCUCGAGCAUUUCGACUGCUUUGUCGCUCUGAACAACCUUGCCUAUUUUAUUCAGUGA